UUUUCGCAGCCCAGGCUCCAUUCCCUGGCGUGCUCCGGAGCAGGGCGGGACGGCGGGGCUGGAGCGGGCGGCCGAGCCCGGAGCGGCGGCGAGCGGGGCCCGGAGCGCCGGGACAGGGCAGCUGAUGUCCCUGCCGAGCCCUGCAUGGCCCCAGCAGGACGAGCCCUCUCCCUGCGGCACCACCGGGGGCCUCCCCCCGGCCUCGUCCGACAGCGACUCCGGCUGUGCCCUGGAGGAGUACCUGGAGCCCCCCGAGGUGCCGCCGUGCUCGCCCCAGCCGGGCUCUGACCGUGACCGGACGCGGCUCCGCGCCAGAGCGCUCCUGCAGCAGCUGCCGCCCCAGGACUGCGAUGAGCGCUACUGCCCCGGCCUCGCCGAGGAGGAGCGGCGCCAGCUCCGCGCCUUCAGCGCCCGCCGCCGACAGGAGGCUCUGGGACAGGGCCUGGCGUGCCCCGUGCCAGGGCCCUGCCACGGCCGUCCCUGCAGGAAGUGCGGCCGGAGGCUCAACAAAGGCGACCCGGGGGUUUCGGCGUCGCGCCUGGGCGACCAGUUCUGGCACCCGUCCUGCUUCUCCUGCCACUUCUGCCACCAGCAGCUGGUGGAUCUCAUCUACUUCCAGCAGGAUGGGAGGAUCUACUGCGGCCGGCACCACGCCGAGCUCUUCCGGCCCCGCUGCGCCUCCUGCGACCAGCUGAUCUUCAUGGAGGAGUGCAUCGAGGCCGAGGGCCGGCGCUGGCACCUGGAGCAUUUCUGCUGCCUGGAGUGCGACGAGCCCCUGCGCGGGCAGCGCUACGUGAUGCGCAGCGGGCGGCCCUGCUGCCGGGGCUGCUUCGAGAGCCUCUUCGCCGAGCCGUGCCAGGCGUGCGGGGACCCCAUCGGCGCGGACACCGAGCAGGUCACCCACCAAGGGCUGCACUGGCACGCCCGCUCCUCCUGCUUGUGCUGCAGCCUGUGCCGGGUCCCGCUGCGGGGACAGCCCCUCAGCUGCCACCGCGGCCGCCUCUUCUGCUCCGGCUCCUGCGGCCGCGGCCAGGACGGCUCCUCCGGCGCCUCCGACUCCUCGGACUCCGCCAUCGCCUCCGCUCCGUCCCCCGAGUGCGCGCCCGCGGCCCGGAGCGGCAGGGACGGGGGGCAAGGGGAUGAGGCGUUCUCGGAGCAGCCCCCCGUGCACCCCGCCUUCAGGAGCCCCGGGGGUGUCGGCGCAGCCCCACGGGAGCGGAGCGGCGACGCUGCCAAGGAGCACCCAGGGGCGCUGGGACCCCCAGCUGGCCACCCCUCAGCCCCCCAGCUGAACCCAGAGCCCCCCAAGGAGCCCAGAGCCCUUUUGGGGUCCCCUGAAGCCCGAAGAGCCGCAGAGCUGCAGGCGGGCACCCCCCGUCCCCGACACGGCGCCCGGGCAGGGCACGGCACAGAGGAGGAGGAGGAGGAGGAGGAGGACUCCUGGUGCCCCACCUGCUCCUCAUCUUCGGACUCAGACUCGGAGGAGGAGGGUUUCUUUUUCGGGAAGCCCAUCCCCAAGCCCGGCAUGACCUCCCUGGGCAGGGAGCCCAUGCAGAGGGGCAGGGGCAGGACUGCCAAGCACUGCAGCGUGUGCUGACAGCGGGCUGGGCGUCCCGAGGGGCACUGCCAGCUCCUGCCAGGGCAUCAACGCGUUCCAAUCGCAUCCUGGAGGUGCCCAGGGCUGGCGGGAGAAGCUGCUGGGGUCGCUGCCCCCCGGCGGAGCAGAGCAGAGCAGAUCCUGCCAUUCCUGCCCGGCUCUCCCGCAAUUAGGAACAGGUAAAGCAGGAAGGGAGCGGGGCAGGGCCGGCCCCAGCAGCUCCCACGAGGCGGCAGGUGGGGACAGGGACAGCUGCCGGCGUCCCCCCGGUGCUGGGGAACGCGGGGUGUCCUGCCCUGGGCUGCUCUGUGCCCCACUGCCACCCCUCGCCAUCCCUGGUGGCAUCAGGUCCCCAUGGGGAGGGGACCAGAGACGGAGCUCCAAUAAAAUCUGGCUGAAAUCUGAACUCAGGGUCUGCCCUGUUCCUUCCCAGCCCAUUGUGACACUGACACUGUCACCAGGGCCCCAUCUCCAUCCCUGGUGGCACUGUGGCCUACUGCCACCACAGGGAGGGAACCAGGGGUGCGGCUCUGCUGCUGCUGGUGACAAAUCUGCAAUAAAAUCUGGCUGAAAUCUGAAAGCAGGGUCU